AUGGAAGAUCCGGCUCCUGGAGAAGUAUCAGACCUGAUGGUGCAUACCUACAGGCUCGUCAUCGCCUUUCUUAUUCUCGCAUGGAUCUUUAUAUUGUUACGAGUCUACACUCGCACUGUGAUCAUUUCCAACUUCGGCUGGGACGAUACUGCCAUGGUAUUGGUAGGAGCGAUAUUCACUGUUUACUGUGGAACAAUCAUCUACAUCUACCACAAUGGUGGCGGUACUGUUAUAGCCGACUUUGAUCAAUUGAACCACCUGAUGAAGAUUGCCACGGUUGCUGAAUCAUCUUACGUCUUGACCAUGAUGCUCAUCAAGAUAUCCCUUGCCGUCUUCUUCGCCCGUAUCGUAGUCAAGCGAUGGCACUUGACGGUCAUAUAUCUGUUUGUCACUCUCAGCAUCGUAUCGUCAAUCGCCACCUAUUUCUACAUCUUCCUUCGGUGUGGCCCCGAUCUGGAUCAGUAUCUCAUCCGCGAACUGAUUCGAGACUGUACGCCUCUUCAACUCGACAUAUUCAUGGCCUACCAGCAAGCUGUAUUCAAUUCCAUCACAGAUAUCGCCUUCCUUUUCAUGCCGGCUCUGGUGCUUUGGAAUUCCCCAAUGGAGCGACGCGCCAAAAUUUCAGUCGGCGUCAUCUUGGUAGUGGCCACACUCGGCGCAGUAUGCUCACUCAUACGAUUCAAAUACAUCAAGGGUGUACUCAAAAAUGGCAACUACUUCUACCAAGCCGUCCACAUCUGUAUGUGGAGCACCAUCGAAGUGGGAACCUGCAUCAUUGCCGGAUGCACAGCCACACUAAGACCGCUGAUGAAGAUUGCCUUGAUUCAAGUACAAGUAACGCUUCCCCUUUCGCGACUUGGUUCUGGAGUACCGCCUACAUCCAGCACUCCAAAGAGCAGUCAGCAAUCAAAUCAUCGCUCGUCCCGUAUGAUACGCCUUCCGGACAACGACCUAGAGUACGGGAACCCUGACCCCACGGGAUCAACCUUGCUGCUCCCCAAGAUACCCGAGUUUGUUGAGCUGGUAGUACGCCCGGACCCUGUCAUCCUUGCGCCUGUUGCAAAGAAUACACAAUCAAGGCCGGGUUCCAUGUUUGGAUGA